CUAUUCAUCUAUCUAUAGAUCGUCUUUGAUUGUGAAGUACACUUGACAUUUCUGACACUGACAUGUUUAUUUUUUUUUAUUAUUGAUUGAUCUCAUUCCAUUUUCUGUAGUUUGCUAGGAUGUCUAUAAAGGAGAGGGUACAAGAAGAACUGGAAGCUCUAGAAGCUAUUUUAAUGGAUGAUAUUUCUGUAACAUAUGAUGAAAAGGGUUGUCCGAAACUUAUAAAAUCAACGAUAUUUCCUUCAACUGCAAAUGAGGUAAAUAAGCAAUACGUUUGUGCAACAUUAGAGGUUAGACUUCCAGAAGAGUAUCCAGAUUGUGAACCAAUUGUACAACUGAGGAAUCCAAGAGGGUUGGAUGAUUCUACUGUUAACGAUUUAUACAAAUCUAUUAAAGAGAAGUGUACUGAAUAUCUUGGACAACCUGUGAUUUAUGAACUAAUCGAGCUCAUCAGAGAAAGUCUUACAGAGAGUAACUUGCCAACUUGUCAAUGUGCUGUGUGCUUAUAUGAUUUUUCAGAUGGUGACAGUUUUACAAAAACACAAUGUUUUCACUACUUUCAUUCCUUUUGCUUGUAUAAUCAUUUGGAAACCACUAAAAGACAUUACCAAGAAGAACAAGAUAAGUUACCAACUUGGCAAAAGGCUACCAAAGGAUUUCAGGCAAUCUGUCCAGUUUGCCGGGAACCGAUAAACUGUGAUGUUGAAGAACUGAAGACGGCUCUUCCUCCCAAAGAUUUAGAAAAUGCUCAAAAUUUUGAAGUUACCAGUGACUUAAGGGUAUUACAGGAUCGCAUGAAACAACUUUUUUCAUAUCAAAAAAGCAAAGGUGGUAUUAUUGAUAUUGAAGCAGAAGAAAACAAACUUUUGUUGAUUACUGAAUCAACCGACGAGGGAUCUGGUGAUACAAAUGCAGAUCCAGGUCCUAGUGAUGGUGCUCUUGAAGCUGAUAUACAAAGAGGCCAAAGGUAUGACUAUCCUGUCCAUUCUGGAUUAAAUUACAGAUGACUAAGGCAUUCCAAGAAAAAUAUCUGGCUCUUCUCAAUGUGUGUCAUGUUUGAAUACUCGUCAUCUAGUUGCAAAUUUGUUUUAUAGAACCAACUUUUUAUGAUAAUUUUAUUUAUUUUGUUUUAUAAUUUUAAUAUUACUUUUAAGUAAAAAAAGAAUGUUACAUAAAUAAAUGUGUUUUG